CUCCUCUCCAGUUCGUCCAUUUCUCUCUCCCCCGUCACAGUUCCCACUAUUGAAUACUAAUUAUGUUCUGGUGUGUUUCUUUUCAAAGUUGAAGAGGGAUGCAAAAAAUGGGUCAGAUGGAGAUUGGAUUGUGGAGUGAGAAAACGGAGAUGGAGUUCCCUGCAUUCCCAUGUCUGAUGGGUUCCCCACUGUUCUUUGCUUCCCUGUUGGAAACAAGAUCUUGGACCCAGUGAGAAGGCAAGGGAGAUGGUUGCUUAUGCUAACGAGACAUAGCAUCAAGAGAUCAUUUGUAAACCCAAAACAGUGGUGGAACAAGAAGCUAAGCACUACCUUGACUUCUCCUGGAGGGCUCUCCUUGGUCACUUGGAUAACCACAACAGUGGUGGAAGAGGAUAAAACCAGCAAGCCUUCUCAAGAAACUUCUGGUGCCCGAAAGAUGGCCCUUGAUGAUGAAGAGCAGGUAUUGGAGAAACAUUGACUGGUACUUUUCUUGGCAGCUCCAAUAGUUGAGACAAGAUGCUGAGACUUAUGCUCCUUUUGGAAGAAUGAAGAUGAUGCUUGAGGGUGGCUAUACGCAAUCGCCUACAUUGACAAAGUUGCUUAUGGUUUCUCCAAUGAUACAACUACACUGUAUUGUGGGAGCAACUUGACACAUCCAAUUACUCCAAAAUUGAUAUAUAUUUUGAAUUGUAAGAGGUUGUGUUGCAAUGAUUGAUUAGAGAAAAAUAAUUGUUUCUGUUUCAGUAUGGAAGUUGGUUUUGAUUGUUCUAUAAAUGACUUUUGUUGAUUGUCGAUUUUAGCGAUCUUUUGAAGCCACUUUGUCAAAGUCAUAAUGUAUUCAUGUCACUGUGUUGGAUUUGUG